AUGGGCAGCAUGUGGCCGCAGGGCGCUCACGAGGAUGCUUUUACCAAUAGUUCGCACCGGCAAAACAAUGGUGGCAUCCAUCUACCAUCAUUCAUGGACGGGCCUAGCGACGCGCAAGAGCAGCUUGCUCCUCCCAUGACCAACGAUCCAGACUUCGACAUACUGGAUUGGCACCCUGCAUACCAGUCCUGCCAAAAGUACUUCUUGGAUCACGCACAGCAUGAGCCUGCUACGCAAGCACUUUGUGCUCUCAUCAAUAUCAGACUGCCGUACCAAUGGCUGAAUACUCCAAUCACAUCGUCAACACCAUCCCAAGCUGCUCCCAACAACGGGCAGUUUAAUUUUGGGUCGUAUAACAGACCGAGUGGUGUGCAUAGCCCGCAGAAUCAGCGGACAGGUCAAGCUACGCCUACCUUCGUCUCGCUGGUACCCUACAUUCGCAGACUAGUGGUGACAGCCUUCGACAAGCCACCAAUAUUGCAUGGACUGUUCGGCGACGACUAUCUGAGGGGCGUGCUCCCUCACAUCGAUUGCGAACGACGAAACUACCUCUUCGCGGCGAAACACGGAGGUUGGCGAACGUGUAAGAAGCAAUACGAUGAAGGAAGUGGAGGAGGCGGAGACGAGACGGUGCCAUUUAUGAAGCCGUUAGAUCAGGCCAAGAUGGAAGAGUUGACAGCCGCCGAGAAGGCGUGGAGUAGCUGGCUGGCUAUGGAGGACUGGAUGGUAGGACCCCGAGCACCGGAAGAUCAGAGUUCAGGUGGGAGUCAGCCAUUUGGACAGAGUGGCACGAUGGACAACAGGCGGGGUGGCGGUAAUCCUUUACCUGAUGGCUUGCCUGAAGAGGGUAGAGAUCGAUCGUACAGAGCACAUUGA